AUGAGUUCUCCGUUUGCAAGCAGGCGCAAGGCACGGCGGAUAGGCGCAGAUGACGACGAGGAGACCGAUGGCUCCAUUGAGCAAGAACCUGUUGUUCGGAAACCGACAUCUAAACCGAAACGAAAAUCAAAGCUGCAUCUUUCUUUUGGAGUUGGUGGGACUUCUAUGACAGACGAUGUUUCUGACGAAGGAGAGGUUGUUAUACCAAAGAAAACGGGUAUGAGACGUAAUAUUUUGGAUAGACCCUCAACCCGGAAACCCUUGAACUCUUCAGAGCCUCUUCCUGUCAGGGUUGGCCGUGAUGAGGACAGACCCAGCUACAGCAAGGAUUACCUCCAGGAAUUACGAAACUCUACACCGUCUACUCCCAAGAACGUGUCUCUUCCAGAUACUGAGGACGAAAAGGAAAAGGCGCUAAAUAUAGCUGAGAAGUUUGGAGAAGUGGUACAAUACACUGGGAACUCUGCCAUCCCUAGUGAGGCCGAGAUCCGAGAGAAAAAAGAGCGCCGCAGCCGGCUUGCCAAGGAACAAGAGUACAUAUCUCUAAAUGAUACCGGGGUAGAGGGUGACGGCGAUGAAUGGUCACUGUCUAAGAAGCCACUUGAAAUUGAGACCAGGUUGGUCCGGGAUGAUGAAGAUUUUGCGGAGGGCUUUGAUGAGUAUGUCGAGGACGGGCGGAUAGCAAUGGGCAGGAGGGCGGAAAUUGAGCAAAAACGGCGGCAGCGUGCGGAUAUGAAAGAGCUUAUAAAUGACGCGGAAGAUCUCUCAGACGAAGAUGAUUCUGAAACAGAACGCCGAGCAGCGUAUGAGUCUGCGCAGACUCGUGCAGGAAUGGACGGUUUGAAGAGAGAAAAUCAUGAAGUUGUGGCCCGCCCGAAAACACCGCCUAAAAUAACCUCACUCCCGACACUUGCAUCGAAGUUGGCUGGUUUACGGAUGACUGUGACUUCAAUGGAAAACUCCAAGACACAGCUCGUCAGCCGCUUAGAGGAGCUCCGUAAGGAGAAGGUCGAAAUAACUGAAAGAGAGACCGAGAUUCAAAAUCUUUUGAAAGAGGCGGGCGAUAAGUAUGAGAGGCUCAGAGCGGAGGCCGGUCAAACUGCCACCACCGAGAAACUUAUCACGGGUGCUGAUGUCGGAGCUGAUCAUGGGCUUGAUAGCCUUGGAACCAUGCCUUCGCGGCCCCAUGGCGGGCGAUUCAAGUUUGACAAUUACCGUAUACCCUGGAUCGAAUCUCCCCUUGACAAGAGUGAUACUCCUCCACGCUUAUAUCGACAAUCAGAUGCUACACCAAUCGAGUUGUUUUUCGAUCUCUUCUUCGUGGCAAACCUAUCCACAUUUACCGCUUCAAAUGAUAUUAAUGCAUUAGAAGCACUAUGGUCUUAUAUUGGGUUUUUAGGGAUAAUAUGGUUUACGUGGCUUCAGGUCACUCUAUUCGAUAUUCGUUUCGCUCGAGACUCCGUUUUCGAACGGUUAUGCAAGGCAGUCCAACUAGCAACCAUGGCUAAGAUGAAAUUGCAGCUCUAUUUCCUCUUCAAUUACAAUACGGCCACAAUCGGCCCCUACAUCUGGACUCUUUGGUGGCUUAUGUUUGCUGCCGAAACCUUUUUAGUGAUGACAAAAGCAGAUCAAUUACCUGGGAUCGGGUUUGAAGAUACGCACCUCAAUGUCCGGAUGGGCCUCCUCACGCUUAUAAUCAUUGGUGAUGGUAUCAUCUCAGUCACUAGAAUUGUUAAUAGGACUGUUGGUAAUGGCUGGACUCGCUGGUCUUUCGUCCAUAUUCUUGGAGUUACUACAUCUGUGUACUUGCUAUGGCAAUCCUAUUUCGACAUCACCCCAGGAGAAAAACUAGGAAAACUACGGCAGAAAAUAUGGACAUGCUUGCAUUUCCCGUUUCACGCAAUCCUGAUUCUCUUAUCAGAAGGGACACAGAUUUUGGCGCUGACCCUGGACGUGUCCCUAAAACUCAAACGUUUGCGCGAUACGAUCCUAUCUGCUUGUGACAUAGCAAUCUCUAGUACCUCAGAUGCGAUUGAUGCUCUCAACGGCACGAUUGUCGACAUGGAAAUCGAUUUCACACGUGGAGCAUUGAGAGAAAAGUAUGCAAUCCAGGGUCUUUUAUGGGAUCUGAGACGGCAGUCUCGGCUUUGCCCAUCAGGGACAGAGGAAGGCGCUCUCAACAUGGAGCGGUCUCAUGAUAUAAUGGGGAACGUUACUGUGGCGCUCUUCUCAAGUAUGGGAAUCACUCCACCGGAAGGCCGUACGACCGCAACCAGGAGUGACCAUCUGUUAACGAUGUAUCUCAAGCUAUUCGGCUUUGUCUUCUUGUAUUAUUUUAUUGUGGCCUCUCUCGCCAUGUUCAUGUUUGCAGUAUUCAUCUUCCUAGUUCACCAUGACCCCACGAAAAGAGUGUAUAGAAUAGGUGCCACAUCUACACGAGUAGUCUUGGGACUUUCGUUUCUAAGCAUUAUCGCCUUGGUGUCCAAUUUCGAUCUGGCCUAUAAGUUCAUGACCAACCCCAUGAUACUAUUCACUGUGGCGCUGGCGCUUCUUAUUUGUAUGCCCUUCCUCCCCGUUGCCAAAAUGAAACUCAAUACUCAAAUACUUUCUCUAGGCCUGUUAAGCGACCAACUCUGGCACACACUCGCACUUUACUAUGCAGGCUUAGAGGCUGAUACUAGUGAAGAUGUAGAACUAGAUUCAUUACCCAGCGAUGCAUGA